GCCCACCGAUGGACCUGGAACGAAGGGCAACAACUACGAAGCAGAUACGUCUCGUUCGACUUGAAUGCCCUGAUCCAAGUCGCCGAGGAAGCUGCCGGAGAUGAUGCAGUUUGCGUCAACAUCACCAAGUCACCGGAGGAGAACUUUAAUAAGGUAUUUCUUGUUACUAUGAGAGAUGGGAAAGAGGUCAUUGUUAAGAUUCCGAAUCCGAAUGCGGGAUUGGGCGGUUAUGGGACUGCGUCGGAGGUGGUGACGAUGAAGUAUGCAAGAGAGAAUCUUGAUCUCCUUGUUCCCAGAGUCCUCAGUUAUUGUUCCCGGGUUGACCGGAGUAAAUUGGGCGCUGAGUAUAUUGUUAUGGAGAAGGUGAGAGGCGUUGAACUUGGGCGUGUGUGUGGGAGGGUCUUAAGGGUGGGGAGAAGUUGUCUGUUGUGA